UUAUCGGCUCGGUGGCGGGGCGGCGGGGUAGCUCGAGCUUGACACGAUCUGCACUCACCGGACCCCUCAGGCCCCAUCAACCUAUCAGACGGGUGGGUACGGACCUACCCCAACCGUUCCUGCCUUCCCUCCACCUUGGACCUGGUCAGGCUGGUGUGUGCGCACUGGGAGCUCUGCAUGACGUUUGAAACGUAUCUGCAACGUCGAGCUCUCAGCCCUCGGGCUCGACCAAACAGCGAUUGAGGCAGCUUGCCCUGCCCCUACGGAGCACACAGCAGGCCAUCUCCACCGCGGACAGAUUGAUGCACUUCUUCUCGGGGUCGGUUGAAUUGCCACUUCCGUACCUCAGGUCAGGCUCACCGUCAGAGAGCACUCCAGACAGGAACAGACCCUGAAUCAGAACCUGCAGAGCCUGCAGAGGCUUGACCCGUUGGGGCUAAUGGCAUCGACGUGCCGAGGUUCAAGGUGAGCUGUGCCCCGCCUCGAGGCCGCCUUGGGGCACAGGCACAGCAGCAGGACCCGUGCACCCUCAGCGGGCGUCGAGCAGGAUCCAGAAACAUCACCAACAAGAGGCUCAGUACCUGCAGAAGGAUCCAGGCGGCAAGCAGACAGCCCCCAACCAGCCCGCCAGCCAGCUGGGCCCAGCGGGCCAGUGGGCACGCCGCUGCAUCGUGACCGUCCCGAGUGGACUGAAACCCAAAUCCAUCGCCGUCCAAUCUCGAAUUUGGCCCCUCAUCGCUCGACUCCCGCCUCCCAAACCCUCCCGGGCCUUCCAACCACCCAGAUGCCACCGUCGUACAACCCCUGCCUGAGGCUGAGGCGGCGCGUCCCUGGUCUGGGUCUUGGCCUUACAAAUACCGAUUGCGUCUUCCACCCCGCUGCUCCGGCCGCGCACAGCCGACACCUCCGACACCUUCAUAAUCACCACCAUCGUCACCAUCGCCCUCGUCCUCAACGCCAGCUGUCUCCUGCAGCGGUUUUAUCAUUCACCACCACCUUCCCACUGCGACCAAGAUCCCCCUUGCGUUCGGCACCAUCUACCUUCUGCAUCGCACAAUCGCCAUUUGCAACCAUGGCAUCGGCAACGAGCUUCUAUGACUUCAAGCCCCUCGACAAGCGCGGCGAGCCCAAGCCCCUUGAAGAGUACAAGGGCAAGGUCGUCCUGGUCGUCAACACUGCCUCCAAGUGCGGCUUCACCCCCCAGUUCGAGGGCCUCGAGAAGCUCUACAAGGGUCUCAAGGAGAAGCACCCUGACGACUUCGUCAUUCUUGGCUUCCCCUGCAACCAAUUUGGUGGCCAGGACCCCGGCUCCAACGACGAGAUCCAGAGCUUCUGCCAGGUCAACUAUGGCGUGAGCUUCCCCGUCCUCGGCAAGAUCGACGUCAACGGCGAUAAGGCCGACCCCCUCUACGACUGGCUCAAGAACGAGCAGCCCGGCCUCAUGGGCCUGAAGAGGAUCAAGUGGAACUUCGAGAAGUUCCUCAUCGGCCGUGACGGCAAGGUCAAGGGCCGCUGGGCCAGCACGACCAAGCCUGAGAGCCUGGAGAAGCCCAUCCUUGAGCAGCUUAACAGCAAGGCGUAAGAAGCACCACCGUGGGGCCUUUUGUUCUCGAUUGCUUGCUCCCCCACGAUGAGAAGCGGCAGAGCAACACGAGCUGAUCUCUGUCUUGUGCAAAUUGGCCAGGCCCUUCGCGCCUGAGUCGAGACCGGUCGAGACGAAGCUUUGACGAAUCGUGGAUCGGCACUUGCGCCGAGGCUCUCAGCAGUAAUGGGUCAACGUGGCCCACUUUGCGACCCUACAUGCGUUCAUUUUAGUCUAGUCUUGAGGUGGCGACCGGGCAGUCUGUCCCGGUCGAGUCCUCUCACCUUGUUUUUGGAUAAUAAUGUACCCGUACUUAGAAACGGGCAGGGACUGAGGGAAAGAAGGGGAGAAUGAGAGAAUGAUACCAAAGCUGCCUAUUAGAAAUCAAAGUAACACGACUCGUGGAUUUGUUCAG